AUGAAACGGGAAACCCAAGCUUCUGUAAAGCCGAUCACGGGUACCAUUUUGGAACCUUUCUUCAAACCGCCACAAAUCCCAGUCCAACCCUCCUCUUACGCCGCCGUUUUCCGGGCAUUCACCGGCAAAAGCCUCCUCAAACAAGGUCAGCAGCUCCACGCGCACAUGCUCAUCCGCGGCGUCAGCCCAACCGCUUUCCUCGCCGCCAAAAUGGUCGCCAUGUACGCUAGCUCCGGCGACAUCUCCCCCGCCUCCCGCAUCUUCCACUCCGUUCGAGAACCCACUACGCUGCUGUUCAAUUCCAUCAUUCGCGCCUACAGCCUGUACAGAUUUUCCGGUGAGACUUUGCAAUCCUUUGCGCGGAUGCAUUCGUCGAGUCUUCGAGGGGAUUAUUUCACCUACCCGUUUGUUCUGAAGUCCGUCGCCGACUUAUUCCUCAUCCGUUUCGGAAAAUGCACUCAUGGUUUGAUCGUGAAAGAUGGGUUGGAUUUCGAUGUCUACGUGGGGACUUCAUUGAUCGAUAUGUAUGUGAAAUGCGGUGAAUUGAGCGAUGCACGCAACAUGUUCGACCAAAUGCCUGCAAGAGACGUGUCAUCCUGGAACGCGUUGAUUUCAGGUUAUAUGAGAGACGGCACCUUCGAGUUAGCCCGUGAGCUAUUCGACAAAAUGCCAGUGAAGAAUAUCGUGUCGUGGACGAGUAUGAUUUCUGGGUACACUCAAAACGGGCUUGCCGACAACGCUCUGCAACUGUUCGACGAAAUGUCGAGGCAAGACUCAGAAAUGAAGCCCAAUUGGGUUACGAUUAUGAGCGUCUUGCCAGCAUGCGCACACUCAUCCGCAUUAGAGCGUGGCAAGAAAAUUCAUAAUUUCGCCCAAGAAAAAGGGUUGGAUUCUCAUCCUUCAGUCCAAACAGCACUCGUCGGAAUGUACGCCAAAUGUGGCAGCCUAGCCGACGCUCGGUGGUGCUUCGAUAGAAUAAAACCGAACUCGAAAAACCUGGUUUCUUGGAAUUCGAUGAUCACUGCAUAUGCUUCUCACGGGCUAGGCAUGGAGGCAGUCCAAACUUUCGAGGACAUGAUAGAAUCUGGUGUGGGCCCCGAUGGAAUUUCGUUUACCGGAUUGUUAUCCGGCUGUAGUCAUUCCGGCCUAGUAGAUAUUGGAUUGAGAUAUUUCGACUCAAUGAGUUCGGUAUAUCUUGUCGAAAAAAAACACGAGCAUUACGCCUGCGUAGUGGAUCUUUUGGGGCGUGCAGGAAGAUUAGUGGAAGCUUACGAACUUAUCUCUCGAAUGCCAAUGCAAGCUGGGCCGAGUGUUUGGGGUUCUUUACUGGCUGCCGGUAGAUGUCAUCGUAAUUUAGAGAUAGCGGAAUUAGCUGCGAAAAAGUUGUUCGUUUUAGAACCGGAGAAUAGUGGGAACUAUGUUAUACUCUCGAAUAUGUACGCAGAAGCUGGUAUGUGGGAGGAAGUUGAUAGUUUAAGGGGCGUGCUUAAAUCGAAGUGCGUGAAGAAAAAUCCGGGGUGUAGUUGGAUCGAAAUGAACGGAAAAGCCCAUUUGUUUCUUGGAGGCGAUGCUUCUCAUGCACAAACGAGGGAGAUUUACUCGUUUCUUGAGGAACUUCCGGAGAAGAUGAAGGCGGCUGGUUACGUACCGGAUACUAGGUUCGCGUUGCACGAUAUUAGUGAAGAGGAGAAGGAGUUUUCGCUAACGACGCAUAGUGAGAAAUUGGCGAUUGCGUUCGGGCUGCUUAAUUCAAAGGGUGGAGAAGUUCUUAGGGUGACCAAGAACCUUCGGAUUUGCGGGGACUGUCACACGGCGAUUAAAUUUAUUUCCAAGAUUUACGAUCGGGAGAUUGUUGUGAGGGAUGUGAAUCGUUUUCAUCGGUUUAAAGAGGGGUCUUGUUCUUGUGGCGAUUACUGGUGA